AUGCCUGCGGCGGUUCGAAGAGUGAUUCGUGAUAAUUGGGAGAAAUGCCUGCUGGGCUCUGACUUCCAUCAGGCGUUUGUUACCAACGCCACUAUCCACCACGUCACUCCCGCCAUCUUCCAAAGAGCAGUCCGCGACUUCGGAAACAAGAUGGUCGGCUACGGCAAGCGCGAGCUCAUCGAGCAUUUCAGCAUGUACGACUUGGAGGAGCUCUCAGAUUAUAUCCUCAACAAGGUCAGCAACAGCUUUCUAGAUAAGGCUAUGGCGAUGCGUCUUAGAACUAUCGAGGCGAAGCCCCUUAUCAACGCCUUGGCUAGAGCUGAGAGGCUUGGUUACGAGCCCAGUGACGUCGUUGAGGAGACUCCUACUAGUGCUGCGAAGGAACAUGUGAGUCACCGCCCUAUCAUGAUGAGAUGUCACACGGCUAAUAAGGUUUGCGGUGAAUAUGGACAGCAAGCCAAGAACCCGGGAACACGUAAUAACCCUGUUGCUAUCUCAUCUGGCAACAGCACACCAGCCAAUGCUGUUCCAUCCAUAGAGCCUCAUCGAUCGACAAGCUCGACAUCCGGCUACAAGGAGUGGUCCCACGCUCAACGUGCGGCAGAAAAGGGUCAGACGACCCCCAGACAACCUUCGUCUCAGCCUGGCCUCGAGAUUCGUUCUGUCACUCCGUCUUCUACACCAGGCGGCACUCCUGGCGACCCCUACGCCCACCUCACUCCCGCGCAGAUGGCAGCUAUGCAGGAAGAGCUUCGCCAAGCGGAGAUUAAGUAUGGCGACCGUCUACGUCAGGCGCAGGCUCUUGUUGACGAGGCAGAGCGCAAGACUCGCGUCGAUGCGCUGGGCAACUCGUACGGCACGAAGCAGUCGAUGAUCAGGAAGAAGUACGGCGUCCGCUUGCGCACGCGGCGUACAAAGGCUGAGAUCGAGGCCGAGAAGGAACGCAUCUCCACGAGUAAGGAGGCGUCGUUCAGCCAGGUCGCUCUUCAAUCCAGACCGGGUGCUGUUGCUGGAGAGAAGCGUCGGGAGAGCGGCUGGAUUGCUGCCAACGUUGGCACCCCGCCCAACGACUACACCAAUGGUCACGAUGCAAAGAGGCAGCGAUUCGCUCAGGAGGCUCUUGCGCAAGAGGCAUUACAAUACUCCACACCGCACUCCUCUACCAACCCCAUAGAGACUCCGUCCAAGACGCGAGGCCCCACCACAAGCACGCACACUCCCCCUGUCCCUUCGUCCCAAGACAUGAACAUGGCAGACGCGCCCGUCCGCACUGCCGGCUCAGAGUCCUCCGCGCGCAACUCGGCGUCUCUGCAAGCACCGAGCGCCUCCGGCUCGCCAUCCAAGUCCGCGACGCCCGGCGCCACCGCCCCCGAGCAAGCCGUUGUGAAGGGCGAGUCGUCCGACUCCGACUCCGACUCCAAUUCUAACGACGACAUCCCCGCUGCGCUGCCGCCCUCUGUGCGCCAGAGCCUGCCCGCGCAGCCGCCUCCUCGCCCUGGCUCUUCUUAA